CUUUUCCCGCGCCCAAACAAGGCCACAUCUCCCUUCCUAGCAUUCCAACAAAAUUUCUCUCUGUAGCCUCUCCCAAACAUGCUCAAUGACAUUAUACGUAUAAUCUUAGUACUCAUGACCCCCAAAUGAGCGCCCAGAAAUACACCCCACUCGCCGCUGAUCCCGGCACGGCCCACACCUGUCCCUGCGGCGCCACCCGGCAACCCCACUGGGCCCGCCGCCGUAGCGUUUGGCUCCUCGUCGCUCUGGGUCUCGAGACCCUCCUCCUCCUCGGCAUCGCGUAUCGCGCUGCAUUGGUUUACGCGCCCUCCUCCUCGCAUCGCCAGGGGAACAGCACAGGACUUCUCGAUCCCCAGUCGUUUCUGCCGCCGAUUCCCAUCCAAACGGUCAUCUUCGAAGAUGAGACCCCGUACCGGGACAUAGGCCCCGCGGGUGACAAGCUAUGGAAUGACAUGAUGCCUAAGGGGAAAGGCUUCCUUCGCGUCCCUAACGCACGCCUUUAUGAUCUCCCGCCGAGCAAACCGAGCGGCAAUGGCACGGAUGGCGCAGAGGAGUACUCUGUCUCAUUAACGCACCAGCUGCAUUGCUUGGCUAUGCUGAGGGAUGUCAUUGUGCAGUUUGGGAAAGGCAGCGCGUCGAGGUUCUGGGACCAAUCGGCCAAAGGGGGAGAUGGACACGCGUAUCACUGUCUUGAUUAUAUUCGUCAGGGAAUACUUUGUGCUGGAGACACAUCGCUGGAGUUCGUAAAGGUGGAGUAUGAUGACUUUGGGAAGGUGAAGUCAAGCUCGGUAGAUGGGGCGGGUGCGGCACAUGUUUGCCGGGAUUGGAGAGUGGUUAGGGAGGCACUGGAGGAGAGGAGGGUGGAUGACCAGGUGGGGAUUCUGUGAGGGGGUUGGGGUGUAUGAUGUAUUUGAGCAGCUCUCGGUGGAGAUGUUUUAUGGGGGUCUAUAUAGAGGCGGUUUACUCAAAAAAACAGGCCCCUAUAUAAAUUGUGAUAUGUAGUGAUGUUAUUUCCAGAUAACGACAUUUAUACUACAUUAGUAACCACCACAUACGACAU